CAUAACGAAAUCUCUCUGUGCCUCUCUCUCUCUCUCCAAGACUCUUUCGCCUCCGUGAUCCGCCGCUCAACGACGCAUUUGCCCCGAACCGAGGAUCCGAAAUCCAUUUGGAUCAGAUCCGAACCAGGAACCGACAGCCCGGCCCACCGGAUCCGAUCCUGCUUGAUCUCUAUCAAUAUUAUACGAAGCUGUUGAGAUGGCAUCGUCAACAGCUGGGACCACGGGAUGGCUGAGAGGCAGAGUCAAGGCCGUUACGUCCGGCGAUUGCCUGGUCAUCAUGGCCCUCACCUCGAGCAAGCCCGGACCACCACCUGAGAAAACCAUCACUCUCUCAUCGCUUAUGGCUCCCAAGCUGGCCCGUAGAGGUGGCGUUGAUGAGCCAUUUGCAUGGGAGAGCAGAGAGUUCCUGAGGAAGCUCUGCAUAGGAAAGGAGGUGACUUUCAAGACCGACUAUACUGUAUCAUCCAUAGGUCGGGAUUUUGGCUCUGUUUUCCUUGGUGACAAAAAUGUUGCCAUGCUUGUUGUUUCACAGGGCUGGGCAAAGGUCCGGGAGCAACCUAGUCAACCGAAACAGGGACAACAGAAAGUAGAAGCCAGUCCUUUCAUUGCAGAACUGCUCCAACUUGAAGAGCAGGCAAAGACCCAGGGCCUUGGUCGCUGGAGCAAGGUUCCAGGUGCUGCUGAGGCAUCCGUUAGGAAUCUACCUCCCUCUGCUAUUGGUGAUCCUAGCAAAUUAGAUGCCAUGAGUCUGUUAAAUACAAACAAGGGCAAGCCAAUGGAAGCCAUUGUUGAGCAGGUUCGUGAUGGCAGUACAAUUCGGGUCUACUUGCUUCCCGAGUUUCAGUUCGUCCAAGUAUUUGUAGCAGGAAUUCAGGCCCCGUCAGUGGGAAAGAGGCCUUUUACAACAGAAAUUGUCCCUGAGCCAGAAAUUCCUUCAGAUAAAACAAAUGGAGAUAUCUCUGCUGAAACUCGAGCCCCUCUUACUUCUGCACAAAGGAUUGCAGCUUCAGCAGUAUCACCCAAUGAAACUGUUCCGGAUCCAUUUGCACUGGAAGCUAAAUACUUUACUGAAAUUCGUGUGUUGAAUAGAGACGUUCGCAUUGUUCUGGAAGGCGUUGACAAAUUCAGCAAUUUGAUUGGUUCAGUAUAUUACCCUGAUGGGGACUCUGCAAAAGAUUUGGCUCUGGAGCUUGUAGAACAUGGUUAUGCAAAAUAUGUUGAAUGGAGUGCAAACAUGAUGGAAGAAGAACCGAAGCGGCGGCUGAAGACUGCAGAACUUCAAGCAAAGAAAACGAAGUUGAGGCUUUGGACAAACUAUAUGCCUCCGGCUACAAAUUCAAAGCCAAUUCAUAACCAGAACUUUACGGGAAAGGUUGUGGAGGUUGUAAGUGGUGACUGUGUUAUUGUAGCUGAUGAUUCUAUUCCAUAUGGCAGUCCCCUAGCAGAGAGGAGAGUAAAUCUUUCAAGUAUUAGGUGUCCAAAAAUGGGUAAUCCUCGUAGAGAGGAAAAACCAGCUCCAUACGCCCGUGAAGCAAAGGAGUUCCUUAGAACACGCCUUAUUGGACGCCAGGUCAGUGUCCAAAUGGAGUACUCGAGAAAGAUCAGCCCGGCAGAUGGAGCUGCAGUUGCUAAUGGACCUACAGAUUCCAGGAUAAUGGAUUUUGGAUCAGUCUUCCUUUCAGCCCCUACUAAAGCUGAAGGAGACGAUGCAGCAACACCUGCUUCAUCAGCCAGCCAGCAGGCAGGGGUGAAUGUUGCUGAACUCGUGGUUGCACGUGGCUUUGGCAGUGUUAUCAGGCAUCGGGAUUUUGAGGAGAGAUCAAGCUAUUAUGAUGCUCUUCUUUCUGCGGAAUCACGUGCUACCGCUGGCAAGAAAGGAAUGCAUUCUUCCAAGGAACCCCCAGUCAUGCACAUAACAGACCUGACAACGGCAUCGGCUAAGAAAGCCCGAGAUUUCUUGCCAUUCUUGCAUCGAAGUAGGAGAAUCCCUGCCGUUGUGGAAUAUGUGCUCAGUGGUCAUCGUUUUAAACUAUUGGUUCCCAAGGAAACAUGUAGCAUUGCUUUCUCGUUCUCUGGUGUUAGAUGUCCUGGUCGUGAUGAGCCAUAUUCGGACGAAGCAAUUGCACUAAUGAGGCGAAGAAUAAUGCAGAGAGAUGUCGAGAUUGAAGUGGAGACUGUUGAUAGAACUGGAACUUUCUUGGGAUCUCUAUGGGAAUCAAGGACUAACAUGGCAAUUGCCCUUGUUGAAGCUGGCCUUGCAAAGUAUACUUCCUUUGCCGGCAGUGACAGGAUCCCAGAUGCCCACCUGCUUGAACAAGCUGAGAAAAAUGCAAAAAAGCAGAAACUGAAAAUUUGGGAGAAAUAUGUUGAAGGAGAGGAAGUUCCAAAUGGUUUACCAACUGACACCAAACAGAAAGAAGUGCUAAAGGUAGUGGUUACAGAAGUUUUGGAGGGCGGUAAAUUUUAUGUUCAGACAGUUGCGGACCAGAGUAUAUCUUCUAUUCAGCAACAGCUUGCUUCAUUGAAUCUUCAAGAAGCUCCUUUAAUUGGUGCUUUUAAUCCAAAGAAGGGUGACAUUGUCCUUGCUCAAUUUAGUGCAGAUAAUUCCUGGAACCGGGCAAUGAUUGUCAAUGCUCCUCGAGGACCUGUGGAAUCUUCUAAAGACAAGUUUGAAGUGUUCUACAUAGAUUAUGGUAAUCAAGAGGUUGUCCCUUACAGUUCGUUACGGCCUCUUGAUACUUCUGUUUCCUCGACACCUGGUCUUGCCCAACUUUGCAGCCUUGCAUAUCUUAAGGUCCCCACCUUGACACAGGACCAUGGUGAAGAAGCAGCAGAAUUUUUAAGUGAGUACACAUUAUCCAAAGAGUUUUCAGCCAUGAUUGAGGAAAGGGAUUUCUCAGGAGGCAAAGUUAAAGGCCAGGGAACUGGACCGGUUCUUUUGGUAACUCUUGUUGCUGCUAAUGAAGAGAUCAGUAUAAAUGCUGCCAUGCUCCAGGAGGGACUUGCUAGGCUAGAGAAAAAGAAGAAAUUUGACACCAAGGAUCGAAAAGCGGCACUCGACAACUUGGAAAAGUUCCAGGAAGAAGCACAGGUUAAUCGACGGGGGAAGUGGCAAUAUGGACAUUAUGAUUCCGAGGAAGAGGAGAUUGUUCCUCCUGUUAAAAAGGGUGUCGGCAAGCGAUGAACAUAGAAUACUAGCGGUGAAAAACCAAGUUACAGGCAACCCUAUCGUCUAAGAUGAGUUAAGUUAUACAGCUUUUAGAGCAAGAAAAAAAAAAAAAGGAAAAUGUUGCAGGUAGACUUUGCUUAAGUUUUGUUUUCAGUAUGCGGAUUGUGUUUUUCUUUUAGAUGAGGAAACUAUUAUUUCCAUACAUUUCCAAUAA